UGCAGCGGUCUUGGAUUGUGUUUGGGCUCAUGGCCUUGGCCAUUUCUCUAGUUCGAGGAGACGAUGGGUUUCUCACAGAGCCGCCAGAUUACAUCAAAGAGUGUAAGAUAGCCGAUAAGAACUUUGUCAACUGCUCGACCCAGAGCAUCCAGCAGCUCUUCGACAAGCUCAACGACGGCAUUCCCGGCCUCACCAGCAUCAAGAGCUUCGAUCCGUUCCACCUGAACCGCAUCCGGAUCACGCAGGGCAACAGCAACGCCAUCAAUCUCAAAGUGGAGCUGGCCAAUGUGAAAAUUGUGGGCUUCGGCCAUACCCAUGUCCUGGAGAGCCAGGUUUUCAAAAAGGACUACAGCUGGAAGACAACCUUCACACUGCCGGUGAUGAAGCUCAAGGGCGAUUACAGUCUGUUUGGACGCAUUCUACUCAUUCCCCUCAAUGGUCGCGGACAGGUCUUCCUGGAUGCGGAUAACAUGACGGUUACCAUGCACACCAAGACGCGACUGUACUCCAAGGGCGGUUUCACCUUCUACAAUGUGACCAACUGUCGCGUAGAUUUCAAGAUCGAUGGCCUCAAGUCGUACUUCUCCAACUUGUUUAAUGGCAACAAGCAAUUGGAGGACAGCACCAACAAGUUCUUCAACGACAACUGGCGCAUGCUGGCCGAUGCCCUCUACACAGUCAUCACCCAGACCAUUGAGGAUAUUCUGCUGGACGUGCUGAAGAAGAUAUUCCAUUACAUUCCAGCCAACUUCUUUGUCAGCGAUAUUCCAACGCCCGAGCAGCUCUAUGGAAAGGCCAAGCCGAAGCCCAAAUGAGGAAAUAAGUCACAGCCACUGGGAUCUGGUAUCUGGGAGCGGAAAUGGGUAUGGGGAAUGGGAA